CUCUGUGUAUAGGUGUAGAGUGUUAAUAACAUGUCAACCCCGCUGCCCGCCAUCGUGCCCGCCGCCCGGAAGGCCACUGCUGCGGUGAUUUUCCUGCAUGGAUUGGGAGAUACUGGGCAUGGAUGGGCAGAAAUCUUUGCAGGUAUCAGAAGUUCACAUAUCAAAUAUAUCUGCCCGCAUGUGCCUGUUAGGCCUGUUACAUUAAAUAUGAACAUGGCUAUGCCUUCAUGGUUUGAUAUUAUUGGGCUUUCACCAGAUUCACAGGAGGAUGAAUCUGGGAUUAAACAGGCAGCAGAAAAUAUAAAAGCUUUGAUUGAUCAAGAAGUGAAGAAUGGCAUUUCUUCUAACAGAAUUAUUUUGGGAGGGUUUUCUCAGGGAGGAGCUUUAUCUUUAUAUACUGCCCUUACCACGCAGCAGAAACUGGCAGGUGUCACUGCACUCAGUUGCUGGCUUCCACUUCAGGCUUCCUUUCCACAGGGUCCUAUCAGUGGUGCUAAUAGAGAUAUUUCUAUUCUCCAGUGCCAUGGGGAUUAUGACCCUUUAGUUCCCCUGAUGUUUGGUUCUCUUACGGUUGAAAAACUAAAAACAUUGGUGAAUCCAGCCAAUGUGACCUUUAAAACCUAUGAAGGUAUGAUGCACAGUUCGUGUCAACAGGAAAUGAUGGAUGUCAAGCAAUUCAUUGAUAAACUCCUACCUCCAAUUGAUUGACGUCACUAAGAGGCCUUGUGUAGAAGUACACCAGCAUCAUUGUAGUAGAGUAUAAACCUUUUCCCAUGCCCAGUCUUCAAAUUUCUAAUGUUUUGCAGUGUUAAAAUGUUUUGCAAAUACAUGCCAGUGACACAGAUCAAAUAA